AUGGAUCUGCUCCCAAACUUUUCCAUGGAAACCUGGGUUCUCCUGGGAAUCAGCCUGGUGCUCCUCUACCUAUGUGGAACCUAUUCACAUGUGCAGUUUGAAAAGCUGGGAAUUUCUGAGCCAACACCUUUGCCUUUCUUUGGAAUGUUUCUGCACUACUACAAGGGUUUUUGGCAGUAUGAUGUCCAAUGUCAUAAAAAGUAUGGGAAAAUGUGGGGAUUGUAUGAUGGUCAACAGCCUGUGUUGGUUAUUAUGGAUCCAGACAUGAUCAAAACAGUGCUAGUGAAAGAACACUAUUCUGUUUUUACAAAUUGGCCAGUUGCGUGA